AUGAUGCAACAUGUGUCCCCAGCACCUGCAGUGAUAAUGAUGGCCACCCAGCACGUUCCUCCACCAUCGUACCAGGAGAGCACUCAGAUGACCGGCACAACCCAGCAGAACAACAAGACCACACAGGUCCAUAUCCCAGCAGCAUCUGCAGGAGGGAAUAACUCUGUCAGCGUGACCCUUGACCCACAAACCCAGCUCGAGUCUGACAAGAGGGCUGUUUACAGACAUCCGUUGUUUCCACUACUGGCAUUGUUGUUUGAGAAAUGUGAGCAGGCUACACAAGGAUCUGAGUGCAUCACGUCGGCCAGCUUUGAUGUCGACAUUGAAAACUUUGUACACCAGCAGGAGCGGGAUCAUAAGCCUUUCUUCAGUGAAGAUCCGGAGCUGGAUAAUUUGAUGGUUAAAGCUAUUCAAGUAUUGCGGAUCCACUUACUGGAGCUAGAGAAAGUGAAUGAACUGUGUAAGGAUUUCUGCAACCGAUACAUUACCUGCCUCAAAACUAAGAUGCAUAGUGACAACCUUCUUCGAAACGACCUGGGUGGACCCUAUUCUCCUACGCACACCAGUCUCAGCAUGCAGCAGGAACUAAAUCCAACCUCCUCUCCGUCUAUGACUUCUGUGUCCAACUCUGACAACCCUCCAGGGAUUGUAGCACCCAGUGGAGGUUUGCAACAGGGCAACGUUUCUAUGACAACAAUAAACUCUCAAAUGGUAUCAGGUGGGAGCCUGUAUCAGCCGGUUGCCAUGGUGACAUCACAAGGACAAGUUUUAACUCAGGCACUGCCACCAGGAACCAUUCAGAUCCAGAACUCACAGUUAAAUGUUGAUCUGUCAGCCCUGUUGGACAGUGAAGACAAGAAGUCAAGGAAUAAGAGGGGCGUCCUUCCCAAACAAGCCACCAACAUCAUGCGCUCGUGGCUCUUUCAGCAUCUCAUGCACCCGUACCCAACAGAGGAUGAGAAAAGGCAGAUUGCAGCACAAACAAGCUUGACACUUUUGCAAGUGAAUAACUGGUUCAUUAAUGCACGUCGGCGUAUUCUACAGCCUAUGUUGGAUGCCAGUAACCCGGACCCAGCUCCUAAAGCAAAGAAGAUGAAGUCCCAGCAUCGGCCCACACAGCGUUUCUGGCCUGACUCCAUUGUGGCUGGUGUUUUUCAGACACACAGAUCUCAAACAGGAAACAAUCCAGACGAUCCGCUUAGCUUGGACAGUCUCCAGUCGCUGUCAUCAGACUCUGCCACUCUGGCUAUGCAGCAAGCCAUGCUGGGAGCCGACGACUCCAUGGAUGGCACAGAGGAAGAGGAUGAAGAUGACGAGGAGGAGGAAGAAGAGGGAAUGGAGGACGAGGAAGAGGACGAGGAUGGAGAGCACGAAAACAGUAGGGGAAGGCCAAUGCCUGGCGGAGGAGCGGGGAGAAGAGAUCUGAGCAUGGAGCACACAGAUGAACUGGAGUACUUUGCUUUUGGCCAAGGACAGCCAAAAGCGUUCAAAAUGUCAAUUGCCAAGGAAGCGGCAAAGGCCAUGCUAUCUGAUGCCCUUUUGCCGGACAAUGUGGUGCUAAACCGGAUCAGCCAUCUGGACCUGGAACUUCCUCUGGACAGGGUCAUCAAAUAUGUUUCUGUUGGCCUCCCACUGUUACUGGUCUCCAUGGCCUUUGCACGUGAGGUGUCCCUUGGUCCACAAAUCAGCUGUUUCCCUCCGAGCAAUUUCACAAUGAAGCAGGCCAGCUAUGUGGAUACAUACUGCUGGGACUCCCUCAUGCAUCACGAGUUUGAUAGCAAUGGAAACUUUGAGGAGCGCUCCCUUUGGGUACACAAAAUGUUCCCUUAUUCUCUCCUGGCUAUGGCAGUUUUAAUGUAUCUGCCGGCUCUCAUCUGGCGCCAGCUUGUUGUGCCUUCACUGGGCUCAGAUUUGCUCUUCAUUAUUGAUGAACUCGACAAGUCAUACAACCGCUCCAUUCGAUUGGCUCAGAGCAUACUGGAUAUGCGCCAGAAUACCAACAACCCAUUAACAUUUCAGGCAGAGCUGCAGAGAGCAAAGAGGAAGAGAUACUUUGAGUACCCUCUACUGGAGAGAUAUAUGCAGUGCAAGCAAAACUCCUACUUCCUCGUGAGCAUGCUAUUCCUGCGCGGCUUCCUCCUGUUGACCUUCAUGACGGCCGCCUGUCUUUAUCUUGCCUACUUCCACCUGUCAGCCUUCCUGCAGGAUGAAUUCAGCUGUUUUGUCCGUAGCGGCAUGCUACGGGAUCAGAACUGGAUUCCUGAGCUUGUUCAAUGUAAAAUGAUCGGCCAAUUGGUCUUUCAGGUGAUAAGUGUGGCUAACGGUGCCAUCUAUGUUCUGUUGGCGCCAAUUGUCCUCUUCAGUAUCAUUAGGCUCUUUGUUUGGGACACCACCUUCAUCUCUGUAUACGAGGUCCUUCCCGCGCUGGAUGUCCUGAACCAACGUAGGCCAGGAUGCCCUCUGAAUGAUCUCAAUGUGCUCCUUCUCUUCCUGCGGGUCAAUGUUGCACACUUAAAGUCAUAUGGGAAAGUUAGGGCUUUGUGCUCUCUGGCACCACCGAUGGUGGGUAACACUACAGCAGGACAAGGACUGAACGCGAUGCUAAGCCAAGAGGAGAUUGAAGAACAGGAGGAGGCCGCAAUGGAGUUUACAGAGGAGGUCCUGGAAGCUAAAGAGGAAGGGAAGUUCAACCUUGUGGAUCUCAUGACUAUACUUGGAGCGGCACAGGGAAGAGUUGUAAACUGCAAUGAACAGAGGCCAAUGGUGGAGGAGAAUAUGAGUUUUGGUACCGUAACACUGAUCUUCACCCUCAAAUGCAUUCUACUAGUGGCUAUUUUAACCUACAUCAUUUGGGAUGCACAGAAAUUCUUUAAGUGA